AUGUCUCCUACCACGAAUGGUGUUAACGGCACCAGCUCGGCCGGUGGUCUGUCAGCUAACGACAACAUCACCCGGUUCGGAGCUCCCAGCCGACCUCUGAGCCCCCUCCCCGAGCACGCUCUCUUCAGCGACAAGACGAGAUGUCUGGUCUACGGUCUGCAGCCCAAGGCUGUCCAGGGCAUGCUCGACUUCGACUUCAUCUGCAAGCGCACCACCCCCUCGGUCGCUGGCAUCAUCUACACAUUCGGUGGUCAGUUCGUCAGCAAGAUGUACUGGGGAACCAGCGAGACCCUCCUGCCCGUCUACCAGCAGGUCGAGAAGGCCGUGGAGAAGCACCCUGACGUUGAUGUCGUCGUCAACUUUGCUUCCUCGCGAAGUGUCUACAGCUCUACCAUGGAGCUGAUGAACUACCCUCAAAUCAAGACCAUUGCCAUCAUUGCUGAGGGUGUGCCCGAGCGACGUGCGCGUGAGAUCGCCCAUGUUGCCCGCAAGAAGGGUGUCCAGAUCAUUGGACCUGCCACCGUCGGUGGUAUCAAGCCUGGCAGCUUCAAGAUCGGCAACACUGGUGGUAUGAUGGACAACAUUGUUGCCUCCAAGCUCUACCGCAAGGGCUCCGUUGGUUACGUCUCCAAGUCUGGUGGUAUGUCCAACGAGCUGAACAACAUCAUCUCGCAAAACACCGACGGUGUCUACGAGGGUAUCGCCAUCGGUGGUGACAGAUACCCCGGUACCACCUUCAUUGACCACAUGCUCCGAUACCAGGCCGACCCCUCGUGCAAGAUCUUGGUCUUGCUUGGUGAGGUUGGUGGUGUUGAGGAGUACAAGGUCAUUGAGGCCGUCAAGCAGGGCGUCAUCACCAAGCCCAUCGUUGCGUGGGCCAUUGGUACUUGCGCCAGCAUGUUCAAGACAGAGGUUCAGUUCGGUCACGCCGGUUCGUUCGCCAACUCCCAGCUUGAGACUGCCGCCAUGAAGAACAAGAAGAUGAAGGAGGCCGGCAUCCACGUCCCGGACACCUUCGAGGAGCUCCCCGGCGUCCUCAAGCAGGUGUACGACAAGCUCGUUCAGCAGAAGGUCAUUGUUCCCGAGCGUGAGCCCGUGGUCCCCAAGAUCCCCAUGGACUACUCGUGGGCCCAGGAGCUCGGUCUCAUCCGAAAGCCUGCUGCCUUCAUUUCCACCAUCUCCGAUGACCGUGGCCAGGAGCUCCUGUACGCCGGUAUGCCCAUCUCGGAUGUCUUCAAGGAGGAGAUCGGUAUCGGUGGUGUCAUGUCUCUGCUUUGGUUCCGUCGUCGCCUGCCCGACUACGCCUCCAAGUUCUUGGAAAUGGUUCUCAUGCUCACUGCCGACCACGGUCCCGCCGUGUCUGGUGCCAUGAACACCAUCAUCACCACCCGUGCCGGCAAGGACCUGAUCAGCUCCCUCGUUGCCGGUCUGCUGACCAUCGGUUCUCGUUUCGGUGGUGCCCUUGACGGUGCCGCCCAGGAGUUCGCCCAGGCUGCCGACAAGGGUCUGAGCCCUCGUGAGUUUGUCGACACCAUGCGCAAGCAGAAUAAGCUCAUCCCCGGUAUUGGUCACCGUAUCAAGUCGAGGAACAACCCCGAUCUGCGUGUCGAGCUUGUCAAGGAGUACGUCUUGGCCAAGUUCCCCAGCCACAAGCUCCUCGACUACGCUCUGGCCGUCGAGACCGUCACCACCUCCAAGAAGGACAACCUGAUCCUGAACGUCGAUGGUUGCAUUGCCGUGUGCUUCGUUGAUCUCAUGCGCAACUGCGGUGCUUUCAGCCCCGAGGAGGCUGAGGACUACAUGAACAUGGGUGUCCUGAACGGUCUGUUCGUGCUGGGCCGAUCCAUUGGUCUGAUUGCCCACUACCUCGACCAGAAGAGACUGCGCACUGGUCUGUACAGACAUCCUUGGGAUGACAUCACCUACCUGCUGCCCACCCUCGGCGCCCCCGGCCCCGUCGGUGAGGGCAGAGUCGAGGUCUCGGUCAAAUAA